GGCACGACCAUUGAGAGCGCACAGCGUAAACAAAUUCAAUUUCCGAAUGGAAAUCAACCCCAAACCAACACAAUCAUCUUCUGGAGAAGGUAUCAUCAAUGGUGGCGGAAACAUAACCUCUGAUCAGGGUGUCGGUGGUCAGCGGAGAGAUGUCACUGGUGGGGUUGGUCCCAGUGGAGCAGUGAUUGGGGUGGAUAACUCUAGGACUUCUACUCCUGGCGCCGGCCCCUCGACCACGCCCUUACCCUCAAAAGCUGGAACCCCAGGAGCAACACCCCAAACACCAGCUACUGCACGAGAAGUAGAAGACCAGGCAGCUGCGGACUCUAGCACUGGCCCUAGUUGGGAGGUUCAGUUGGCAGGUAGGAAGAGGAAGUGGGGUAUGAUGGGCUUUACAAAGGAAGAGCAAGAUAUCAUGGAACAAGACUCCUUAUCGUUGCAACUGGCUUUGGCAAUGGACCAAGAAGCCACUCUCUAUCCACCACCACCGACUGCGUUUUCGUCCUAUGAGGAUGCAGUGCAACGGUUACUACCGUAUCAUGUGUGGCAAGUGUACGAUGAAGAGUUGGAUACAUGGGAAAAGGCAGAUGUUGCGAAAGAAACAAAAGAAGCGGAAGAUAUCCUGGACAAAAUAAAAGGAUUAAAAGAACGGUUUGCUAAAGCUCGUCGGCGAGAAGAUGAUCGUCUGUCACCGCUACCAUCAACUAUCUCUUUCUUCCAGUCGUCCACUACCAACGAACGCGAAGAGCUCACUUCCCUUCAAACAAAACUAAGGACCGCGAGAGCCGAGCUGAGUGCUAUAGAGCAAGAACAGAAGAAGAUAGCAGAGGAGAAGAGGAAAGAGAGGAUGGAAGAAGAAGGCAGAAAAGCGGUGGCAGCUAUGGCAAUGCAGCAGGCAGCGCGGCAGCAGCUUGUGGCACAGGCUCAAGCGCAGAAUUCAAAUCAAGCAUCAUCAAGAGCAGCGACGCCUAGCUCCCAAUUAUCUGGACCUAGUCCAGUCGGUACUCCCACCAGAAUAGGAUCGCCACCCAAACGAGGAAGAGGCCGGCCGCCCGCUAUGAGUAAAAUCUCAGGACCACCUCCUGGUAGCUUUCCAGCGCGCGCAGGACCAUCUGGCACGCCGACUACCUCAGGAGUCAAUACGCCGGUUGUGCCCGGCACACCUCAAUCUGGUGCUGCUGGUGGUAUUGGUGCCGGUAGACCGCCGGGUCAAAUGGUGAAUGGAUCUGGUACAAGCACGCCUGUCAGACCCCCAAAUCCUCCUCCACAGGGUCCUGUAUCUAUAACCGUCAACUUAUCAUUAAUACCGCAACUAGUUGCCAUUGGUUUGAUUGCUGUCCCCCCUAAUACGGCACCAGGUGCACCAAAACCACCUGGAAUAAUUAUUAAAUCACUUGAUGAUAAGAAAAGUGUAGUAGUACAAAUAAACCUUGCGAUGUGUUCAAAACCUCAGUUAUUAGGACUUGCAAAAGUGUUAAAUGUCAACACGGUUAAAUCAGCAACUCCAUCCGCACCAUCGACUCCUGGAGGCUCAGGAUCGGGAUCAGGAGCAGGGCCGAGUGUCAAGUGAGCGGAGAGUUGAAGUAGGCAGUGACGAGCAGCGAGAAGAAGCAAUUAGAAUCAUUAAAGUUGGCACUUGCAUCAUCAUCUGGAAUAGACACUAUGUGCAUAGCAUGGGAUGUAGUAUACUUAUUUGUAUGAGA